UUUGGUGCAACUGUGGGUGACUUCCAUGGUGACUCCGCAGAGCAGAGAGGCGGAAGACUGGAGCAGUUGGACGUACAGCUAAUCUGCAGUGCAGUCUGGGAGCUGUCAAUCGUCUCGCUUUGUAUCUCUGGUACAGGAAGCUACUGAUGCGCUCAUCACUGUUUAUUUACACACUGCGGGACCAUAUUAAGAGAAAUGAGAAUAUAAUUACCUAUUAUCUGCUUCCAAAGCCUUAUUGUCAAAGGACUUGACUGAGGUUACAUGAAGGGGUGACAUCAGAGCCGGGCCCUGCAUCUACAUCAUUUAAACUACCUGCUACUAACGUUAGCUAGCUUGCUAGUCAUAUUAUUGACGUUGUCAGCCGUUUUUACUCGGCGAACCGGGCACAUGAUUGAAUGACAGUUGCUGGCCUAUAUACUACAACGGUGUGAUGUACAUAUGUGUGCCUGGUGUUUUACAUUAGCGUAAUAACCACCCAGGAGAAUGAAUGCAGAGGAAGUGGAGUUGCUCAGUGACUCCAAGUACAGGAACUAUGUAGCAGCAGUGGACAAAGCCCUUAAGAACUUUGAGUACUCCAGUGAGUGGGCAGACCUCAUCUCUGCACUGGGCAAACUCAAUAAGGUUUUGCAGAACAAUGCAAAAUACCAAGUGGUACCCAAGAAGCUGACGAUAGGCAAACGGCUGGCCCAAUGCCUCCACCCUGCCCUGCCCAGCGGAGUCCACCGCAAGGCCUUGGAGACCUACGAGAUCAUCUUCAAGAUCAUUGGACCUAAGAGGCUGGCCAAAGACCUCUUUCUUUAUAGCUCCGGGCUCUUCCCUUUACUCUCCAAUGCCGCUAUGUCUGUGAAGCCUGUCCUACUGGGGCUCUAUGAGACUUACUACUUGCCCCUGGGAAAGACUCUGAAACCAGGCCUACAGGGGCUACUGACUGGGGUACUGCCUGGCCUGGAGGAGGGCUCUGAGUAUUACGACAGAACCAACACCCUGUUGGAGAAGGUGGCUGCAGCAGUGGAGCAGUCGGCCUUCUACAGUGCCUUGUGGGGCAGCAUCCUGACCAGCCCUGCUGUGCGUCUCCCUGGGGUGACUUUUGUUCUGCUGCACCUCAAUCGCAAGCUCUCCAUGGAGGACCAGCUCUAUGUCAUAGGCAGUGACAUCGAGCUCAUGGUAGAGGCGGUCAGUACCUCAGUCCAAGACUCAAGUGUGUUGGUGCAGAGGAGCACCCUGGACCUGAUCCUCUUCUGCUUCCCCUUCCAUAUGAGCCAGGCGACUCGCCCUGACAUGAUCCGGAUCCUGUCAGCAGCUUUGCAUGUGGUAUUGAGAAGAGACAUGUCCCUCAACCGCAGACUCUACGCCUGGUUGCUGGGUUUUGACAACAACGGGGUGAUAACAGGCCCUCGCAGCACUCGACAGAGCAACCCAGAGGAGCAUGCUAGCCACUACUUCAACACCUUCUCUAAAGACAUGCUGGUCCAGGCAAUGGUGGGGAUCUUGCAGGGCAAGGCUCGAGGUGGGGAAGAGGAAAGCAUCCUCAUGCACGACCUCAAGCCAUUUCGCAUCCUCAUCAGUCUGCUGGACAAACCGGAGCUUGGCCCAGCAAUCCUAGAGGAUGUUCUGAUCGAGGUGUUUCGGACUCUACACACACAGUGCCGAACAGAGUUGGACCUCCAAAACCAGAGUCCAUUCAGUAAAGACCACACACACCUCAGCAGUAAACUACGAGAGAACAAGAAGACGGCAGAACUGAUUAAAACAGCCAAUCUCCUGUUUAACUCGUUUGAGCCGUACUACAUGUGGGACUACAUCGCUCGCUGGUUUGAGGAGUGCUGCAGGAGGACAGUGAACAGCAGCACACACGCACCACGGCAUGCUGGGAGCUUAGAUCCUCCAGAGCUCUCAUUGGUGGAGUUCUGUCAGCUGGUUGAUUUCCUGCUGGAUAUUGUUUCCUUGCCUACUAGAAGCAUGAGGGUAAUCUGCCAGGAGACCUACAUAGAGAUCCAGACAGAGCAUCUCCCUCAGCUGCUGUUGCGUAUGGUGGCGGCUCUGACCUGUCACCUGCAGGCCCUGGGCCUCGGGGAGCUCACCCACUGCCUUCGUCUCUGCUCCAAGAUCCUCAGCAAAGUGCAGCCACCGCUGGUGUCCCCUCUGGUCCUGCCCUUGGGCCCCAAGGCUCAGGGCCUCUCCAACUCCAAUGGCAACCCUUCAAACUCAGCAAGGGAUAAGAGCAGAGACAAGGAGGACAAACGGGCUUUGCCGGCUACUCUGGAGCUACCGGGCAUUGGCGAGGUUUUUGAGGACGGGGAAAACCCUCCCAGCAGUCUCUCCUCAGAAAGUGGCUUCACAGACUUCGUCCAGUACCAGGGAGAUGGCCCCGAGGAGACAGAGCGAACCCCUCAUCCCCACCCAGCUGUCAGGACAGGCCGACGCUCCUCAGGCCCAUCUCAGACUAAGCCUCUGGAUAAACCAGUCAUGCAGUGCUGCCUGGAGCACUUCCAACAGUUUCUCUCCCGACUUAUCACCUUGUAUAUUACCCCUGAGCAGGUGGACAAAGCUGAGGGUGAAAGAGGCGAGGUCAUGCAGUCAGGACCCCUGGUUUCAGAGGACUCCCAGCACAGUGAUCAUACAGAGUCAUGCUCAGGUUUAGGGUUGGUCCAGAGGGAGUGUGUUGCUGCCUUCACUGCUGCCUGCCAGCUCUUCCUGGAAUGCUCCAGUUUCCCUGUCUACAUCGCAGAGGGCAACCUCAAGUCCUCACCCACACAGGAAGAGCAGUUGGACAGUGAGCAGGUCCGUCUGCCAGUGUGGCUGCAGUCCCUGAUGGACGCCUGCUGCCUGGCCAGUGACUUCAGCCUGCAGGGCGUGGUCAUCUCCCUGCUCAUGGACCUUGUGGGACUCACCCAGUCGGUUGCCAUGGUGACCGCUGAGAGCGUGGCAUCUGGUGGCAACUCAGAGUCCGCCCAGCCCAUGAGCCCCAGCCAGGGGCGAGUAGCUGUCGUCAUCAGGCCACCGCUCACUCAGGGAAUCCUAAAGUACAUCGCUGACAAGACAGACUUCUUCAGGAGUGUGGCUCUGAUCUUAUGGGACCAGCUGAGUGAAGGAACACCUCAGCACCAUCAACGCAGCGUAGAGCUGUUCUACCAGCUCCACAACCUGGUGCCUUCCUCCAGCAUCUGUGAGGACGUCAUCAGCCAGCAACUCAUGCACAGAGACAAGAGAAUUCGGCUGGAGGCCCACGUGAAGUUCUCUGUGCUGUGGCAUUUGACACGAGAUUUGAACAUGACCAAGUCCUCUCCUUUUAAUCGCACAUUUGACAGGUCUCUUUUCAUCAUGCUUGACAGUCUGAGUUAUUGGGAUCCGUGUACUAGUGCUGUUGGUCGGGCUUGGCUGAAUCAGGUCCUUCAGAGACAUGACAUUGCUCGGGUUUUAGAGCCUCUCCUCCUCCUUCUGCUCCACCCCAAGACCCACCGAAUAUCCAUUCAGAGGGUACAGGCCCAGCGCCACUGGGCCCAGGUCUUCCCUGAACAGGAGCCAUCAGAACCUAUUUACACCAGGGAGUCUGGCUUCUCAGACAACUUCAGUCACAUCCAAGGGGAGAGGGUGGCACACGAAGAGCUCCGAGGCCUGGUGAUGGGUGACAUGGAGCCGUUCUGUCUGACUGUCAACCCCUUGAGUGACAGCCUGUCCUUACUGAGCCUGAGUAGUGAGAACUUGCACCUAGCCGGUGAAUAUCAGCCUGCAGACCAACAGAGAGAGCCCCAGAGCUCUGAGUCCAGUGGCUCUCAUUCAUCUACAGUGGAAAACGGCAGCUUUGAGGAACCAGAGGGUGUCAGCAAUACAGUCAAUGGAUCAGACCAACAGCCUGGUUAUUUAGAUGACAUGUCUGAGGACUCUAUAGAGGAGGUUGUGUCCUCUGUUAUAAAAGAGCUGAUAGACAGGGUUUUGAGUUUAGUAGAUGAGGAAUCUCUUGAAGUCUCACCUCCACCUGAAAACUGGCCCCAGACAGACACAGACAGCACUUCCUCAGAUACCUCCACUGGUACCCGUCUUGACUCUGGCCCUCCUCCUGGCUCCAACCACCAGACUCUGCCUGAGAUGCUGGCUGGAGGUACGCUCGAGUUCCUCUCUGUUACACCGGCUGAUAUAUCUGCAGAGGAGCAGCACAAAGAGGGCAUCACCCGUCAUAGUUCAUCACCUUCCAUUGUCACGUUGCCAGACAUCUCCGACCCAGCCACCCCGGACCACAACCUGCAAGUGGAAGACCCUCAGGCUCGUAAACGCAGCCAUAGCAGCACCCAGCUCAGCCUUAAAGGGAAGAUCAUGGAGAAGCUGACAGACAAAUCUCCAGGGGCCAAGCCAAAGCUCAAGAAAGCUAAGAGGAAAGAGGAGGAGAGGCAGAGAAAGUUGGCAAAUCAAGCUGAAAAACUGCGGCCUCCCAGUAUUUUCUUUGGGGACAGCCUGGAUCUGGAGAACUGGUACAGCUGUGGGGAAGGUGAGGUGUCGGAGAUUGAGAGUGACACUGGCUCACCCAGCGGGGGCUCUAGUGGGACUGUCGGGGGUGUCAGUGUCACAGGGCGCAGAUUAUCCUCUGCCCCACCUCGUUUCAACAUCCAUCCGCUCUACCAGCAUGUCCUGCUCUACCUCCAGCUGUAUGACUCCUCCCGGGCCCUCCACGCCCUGUCAGCCAUCGCAGCCAUGCUUAGAGCCGCUCCCCCAGGGUUUGUAAGUGCCAUCUCCACCACCAGUAUCAACAACACCUACACUCCACAGCUCUCUUUGCUCCAAAACCUUCUAGCCCGUCACAGGGUCUCCGUCAUGGGCAAAGACUUCUACUGCCCUAUCCCCCAGGACUCCCACUCCCACUCAUUCCGCAGCGCCAUGUACCUGGAGAUCAUCAUCUCGCUCUGUCUCUACUUCCUAAGAAGCUAUUACUCUGCCCACGUGGCAGCAGGCCCUCAGGACUUGGCAGGGAACCGGGCCAUGCAGCUGACCAGUGUGGAGGUCUUAACUCUCCUAUUCAGUGAGCUAGCCAAAGUCACAGGUGGCUCGGCUAAAGGCUUUGCUAGUUUCAUCAGCGAUGUCCUCUCUAAGUGCAAAGUUCAGAAGGUGGUUCUCCAUUGCCUGCUUUGCUCCAUAUUCAGUGCUCAGAAGUGGCAUGAGCAGCGGGUGGCAGGGGUGAACGUGGCCACAGUGGAGGAAGGUCUGUCAGAGGACAGUGUUAUCAACCUGUCAGAGGACCAGAUAGACAGCUGUAGCGCUGUCCAGUCUCAACUGCUCAGACUGCUGCAGAGCCUAGUUGUACUUGAGCACAGAGUCCUGGUGCCAGCUGAUGAAGGAGGAGAAGGAGGACCUGUGGGAGGAGGGGCAGGAGGUGGAGGGACAGGAGGCGGUGCUGGGGCCGGGUUUGAGAUCCUGGGUGGGGAAGUGGAGCAUGUCAACCCUCAGCAGCCAAUGACAUCACUGCAAUACCUCCACGGACAGCCUAUCACAGCGCAGGGUAUGUUCCUGUGUGCAGUGAUCAGGGCGCUGCAUCAGCACCAUGCGUGUAAGAUGCAUCCCCAGUGGAUAGGACUCAUCACAGCCACCCUGCCAUACAUGGGGAGGGUGCUGAGGAGGGUGGUGGCCUCAGUCACUCUGCAGCUGUGCAGGAACCUGGACAAUCUUCUUCAGCAGUACCGCUAUGAGACUGGGAUCACUGACACCAGACCCCAGUGGAUGGCUCUCUGCAUCCCUCCUGACCUGAUUCUGACAGUGCUGGAGGGGGUGACGGCCAUCAUCCAUUACUGCCUGCUGGAUCCCACUUCCCAGUACCACCAGUUACAGGUGAGUGUUGACCAGAAGCACCUGGCUGAGGCUCGUUCAGGCAUCCUGUCCAUCCUCCACACCAUCAUGUCAUCUGUCACCCUGCUGUGGAGCGUCCUCCACCAGGCUGACAACACUGACAAGCCAGCUGCUGCCUCUGCUGCCUCAACUUCCAACAUCAACCUGGGUUCCACUAAGAAUCUGCGGCAGCAAAUCCUGGAGUUGCUGGGUCCAAUCUCCAUGAACCACGGUGCUCACUUCAUGGCAGCAAUUGCCUAUGUUUGGAAUGAGAGGAAACAGAUCAAGAGUCCAGUCAGAAAUAAGGUGAUUCCUUUAGCCAGUGAAGAACAGCUGCUGCUGGUUGAGCUGGUUCGUUCAGUGAGUGCCAUGCGCACUGAGACGGUCAUGCAGACAGUCAAAGAGGUCCUGAAGCAGCCGCCUGCCAUAGCAAAGGACAAGAAGCACCUCUCUCUGGAGGUCUGCAUGCUGCAGUUCUUCUAUGCCUAUGUCCAGAGGAUCCCUGUGUCCAGUUUAGUUGAUAGCUGGCCAUCUCUGCUGGCACUGCUGAAGGACUCAGUACCGUUAGGCCUGCCUGCCCCUGGACAGUUUCUUAUACUAGGAGUUCUAAAUGAGUUCAUUUUGAAGAAUCCCAACCUGGAGAGCAAGAAGGACCAACGGGAGCUGCAGGAUGUGACCCAUAAAGUGGUGGAGGCCAUCGGGACAAUUGCAGGCUCCUCUCUGGAGCAAACAACGUGGCUGAGGAGAAACCUGGAGGUGAAGGCCUCUCCUCAGAUAGUUGUGGAUGGAACCAACCUGGAAGCUGAUGUAGAAGAUUUAAUGCUCACAGUGAUGGAGGCCUCCAGCUUCACUCCAUCAGUGUACAGCGUUCACGCGCUCACACUGUUGGCCGAGGUUCUGGCUCAUCUGUUGGACAUGGUGUUCUACAGUGACGAGAAGGAGAGGGUGAUCCCACUGCUCGUUAAUAUCAUGCACUACGUAGUGCCCUACCUCCGCAACCACAGUGCUCACAACGCCCCCAGCUACCGGGCCUGCAUCCAACUGUUGAGCAGCCUAAGUGGGUACCAGUACACCCGCCGUGCCUGGAAGAAGGAGGCCUUCGACCUCUUCAUGGACCACACCUUCUUCCAGAUGGACUCCUCCUGCGUCAGCCACUGGAGAGCCAUCAUUGACCACUUGAUGACUCAUGACAAGACCACAUUCAGAGACCUCAUGACCCGGGUGGCUGUAGCCCAGAGCAGCUCUCUGAGUCUGUUCACCAACAGAGACGCUGAGCUGGAGCAGAGAGCCAUGCUGCUCAAGCGCCUGGCUUUCACCAUCUACAGCAGUGAAGUGGAUCAGUACCAGAAAUACCUGCCAGACAUACAAGAGCGUCUGGUGGAGAGCCUGCGUCUGCCUCAGGUGCCCAUCCUCCAUGCUCAGGUGUUCCUGUUCUUCAGAGUGCUGCUGCUGCGCAUGUCACCUCAACACCUCACCUCACUGUGGCCCACCAUGAUCACUGAACUGGUUCAGGUGUUUCUUCUGAUGGAGCAGGAGCUAACAGCAGAUGAGGACAUAUCAAGGACGUCAGGGCCGUCUGUGGCUGGGUUGGAGACCACCUAUUCUGGUGGGAACGGCUUCUCCACCUCCUACAACAGCCAGCGCUGGCUCAACCUCUACCUGUCUGCCUGCAAGCUCCUGGACCUGGCCUUGGCCCUGCCUCCUGAGAGCCUGCCUCAGUUCCAGAUGUAUCGCUGGGCCUUCAUCCCAGAGGCUUCAGACGAUUCAGGAUUGGAAGUUAGACGUCAGGGGACUCACCAGAGAGAGUUUAAACCCUACGUGGUGCGACUGGCCAAGCUGCUGAGGAAAAGAGCCAAGAAAAACCCAGAGGAGGACUGCUCCACCCGAACUCUGUCCUGGGAGCCAGGUCACCUGAUGCUGACCCUCUAUGUGAUCCGCAGCAUGGAGCAGCUGCUACCCUUCUUCAACCUGCUCAGCCAGGUGUUCAACAGCAAGGCCAGCAGCCGCACCGGUCCCACCUACACCCACAACCCCGCGGGCACCUCCUUCCCCAGCCACAAGGAGGGCCACAAACUGGAGAGUCAGAAAGUCUUCUGGAGUCGAGCUCGACAGAACAUCGAGGAGAUGGUGGAAAAAGACUUUCUAGAGGGCCUUAUCAAGACGUGAGAACACAACAAGGGCAGGGAGGGGGAUUAACACAUAACUGAUCAACACUAGUGAAAAACCUCAACUUGUACAUUAAAGAACAAGCAAAUGCAAAUAGGGGAAAUCGUUUGUAAAUUUUUUUGUAUUUAUAAUGAAUAUUUUACUUUUCAAAAGCUAUUGUAUUUAAUUUUAAUUAUUUGUAUAUAGGGAGCAGCUUUGAUGACUGACUUUUAACAUUUCAUGUGAGUCCUUUUGGACAAAGUGAAGAUGCUGUGCCAUUCCAUAUCGAUGUGACUUAAUAAAGAUUUUUAACGGGA